AUGCCCGACUCCACGGAGUCCAACAGCACGAGACACCGCAAAAUCCAGCCAUUCGACACCACCACAACAAUGUCCCCGAGCCCUCCGUCCUCCUAUUCGACCAGUGCCGCAAGGCCUCCACCACGGUACAUCGAGCUCCGUCCAAAGGGAGAGGGCGUAUUGAUUACGUUCCCCGAGGGCGCAUCGGGCCAGGUCGAUUCCAGACGCAAACGACACGCUCUCUCGCAGAAGAACCAGCGAGAUCGGUUGAAAGCGGCGCUAGAGCAGAUGGCUCGGGUGCUACAUGCUGGUGGCGUUGGGUCUGUCUUUUUCAUGGGGUUGCUGUCUGCUGAGACCCGGGCAGCGGGUUCUGGGAUGGUUGCUGACGGUGUCGAAUCUACAUUGCAGGUUGAGCUGAUUGAAACGGCUGUGGAAUAUAUUCAGAGUCUUGAGAAGGAGGUAAAGACGCUGAGGAGUUCAGUGAAAGAGGUGCCUCGGCGUCAGGAGGGGGUCGCAUGUUCGGAACAAUGA